GUUUCUGAUAAUAUCUAUCUCUCUUUCUAUUCCAUUACGGAUUCGCUAGAUCUGACAGAGAUCUGAAUAAUAAUUUAACUGUCAAUGACGCAAAAAGUCGCUAGUAUUUAUACUUGUACUAGUUACCGGUACGUUGUUUCUCAGCAAUUUGACAAAUUCAAUUUUAGUUGCGGUUUAGUAGUGGUGGAUGCUAUUUGCCGCUUUUUAUAUUUUUAUAUUAAAUAUUUAUUAAGGUUUACAAGUGACGGAAUAACAUUCGAGGAAACGAUAGUGUUUGAAUAGAUAUAUAUACAAUUCUCUUUAAUUACUCCGUAAACUAAAAUUUUAUUAGCAAAAUGUCUGUGAUUGGUAAAAUUUUUCCCCAUGUAUCGAGCCGUAACUUGAGCCGAAUCAAUGCAGCCUUUUCAAGUUCUAAAUCCGAUAGAACGUACUUUACAUAUACACAAUCUUUAUCUCAACCUCUGGACAGAAAACCGGAUUUUGUGACGGCGGAACAGGCUUUUGAAAAAUGCCUGAAGUCUGGUCAGACGGUGUACUCACAAGGCGCGGCGGCGACUCCCGCGCCGCUUCUCGACGCGAUGACGAAGGUCGGCGUCAAGCAGUCGUUGAAGGACAUCAAGGUGGUACACAUGCAUACCGAAAAAGAGGCUGCAUAUGUGGCGCCCGAGUGCAAGGACAUUUUUAGGUCGUGUUCCCUGUUCAUGGGAGCGAACGUCCGCAAGUCAGUGGCGGAGGGCCGCUCUGACGCCAUCCCCAUCUUCCUGCAGGACAUCCCCAAGCUGUUCCACAGGAAGAUCAUCCGUCCCGACAUCUCUGUCAUACAGGUGUCGCCCCCUGACGAGCACGGCUACUGCAGUCUCGGCACGUCAGUGGACUGCGUGCGCGCGGCUCUGGUCAACUCUGAGACCAUCAUUGCCCAAGUGAACGUAAACAUGCCUCGCACAUUCGGCGAUGCGAUCAUUCAUAUGUCCCACAUAGACUACGCUGUAGAGGACAACACUCCAUUACCUGAUCACGGUUCUAAACCGCCUUCACCUGAGGAGGAGAAGAUUGGUCAAUUGAUUGGUGACAAUCUGGUCGAUGAUGGAGCUACGCUUCAAAUGGGCAUCGGCAGUAUACCGGACGCUGUGUUGUCAGCGCUGAAGAACCACAAAGACCUCGGGAUCCACUCGGAGAUGUUCAGCGUCGGGGUCAUCGACCUGGUCAAGCGGGGUUGCGUCACGAACAACUUGAAGAAGACGCACAAAGGCCGCAUCGUGGGCAGCUUCCUGGUCGGCAACAGGGACCUGUACGAUUUUGUUGACAACAAUCCUUUCGUCGAAAUGUUGGAGAUAGACUACGUGAACAACACACACAUAAUAUCGUUGCAGCCCAACAUGACUGCGAUCAACUCCUGCAUAGAGAUCGACCUCACCGGGCAAGUCUGUGCGGAUUCCAUCGGCACCCGCAUGUUCUCGGGCUUCGGCGGUCAGGUGGACUUCAUCCGCGGCGCGGCCGAGGCGCUGGACGGCCGCGGGAGGCCCAUCAUCGCCAUCGUGUCCAACACCAAGCGCGGCGAGAGUAAAAUUGUGCCCACGCUUAAAGUUGGCGCCGGAGUGGUGACAAGCCGCGCGCACGUGAACUACGUAGUGACCGAGCAAGGGAUAGCGAAUCUGUUCGGGAAGACGCUCCGGCAACGCGCCUACGAGUUGAUCAAGAUAGCCCACCCCGAUCACCGUGAAUCUUUGGAGAAAGCCGCAUUCGAAAGGCUCAAGUGCAUGCCAGCGCCUUAAAAUAAGCGGAUUUGGUGAUAAGCUUCUAGAAUCCUAGACUUACGAAUAUCCAAAAGUUAUAAGCAAAGAUAUCUCAAACGGGGUUUUGGGGAUAUUUUCUUUUAAGAACAUUUUUUACACAAAUGGCAAUGUCAUUAAAAAUGUAUAUUAAAAAUACACGUCAUUAAAAUUAAUGUACAGUAUUUCAAGUUAAGGAAAUAAAUGAGGGCGCUGUCUCCAGUGGGCUGGCAACACUAUCUUUAUCAACCAAUGUUGAACAUUCUAUUUGGUGUUGCAAUCACAAAAAAAUGUGAGAAGUAAUUCAUUUCGAAAACCUAAGUCAUAAGACGAUAAAAAAAUCGAAAGUAUACAUUGUUGAUCUCUUACUAAAUAACGUGAAUUUUAUGACCGAAUUUCUUGUGUAUAAUCUAUGUGUAAAUGUUGAAGUAUAUGAAAUAUUAUAUAUUUUAAAAUGAGUGUGACUUUGCUAAAUUACUUUUGAAUAUUCGUGUGUUAAGUGUAAAUGUGUUAUUCCGUUUGUGGUCAUACUUCAGCCUAAUCUCCAUUUAAUUAACGUAUAUCAACAUAAACGUCCAAUGUUGAAAAAAAUCAAAUCAAAAUAAAAAAAAACUUCUAAGAAAAUAUUCUUAGAUAAGAAUUUUCUUUUACCUUAAAAAUUGAUCAGAAGCCCACGGCCCACGUUUUCGGUUGUUUUAACAUCCGUCAACGGUUGUAUGGAGAUUUGGAGUUUCGACUUACGUCGAUGCACGUCAGUAUCAGAACCUAUGGUAAAAAAAACAACGGAGCUGCAUGACGCAACGUAACAAUGGGGCAUGGCUUUAAAUUUAUUUUUUCAUGACAUGUUUUUAUUGAAAAUGUAAUGUUGAAGUUGAUCAAAAGUGGGAUUUAUCAUGCAAUUUACUUUUUACUAGGAUUUUUUUUCAAUCGAAUAUAUCGAUAUUGUCAGCUAAUCGAGCCCUAAUUCAUUAGUAUAAGUUUUAAAAAGUAUGUAUCCAAGUAUUACUCCAUAAUGAUACGGAAUGAUAUAUGAUGAUAGUGGAAGGAGCACUUUUGUACAGAUUUUUUGUCUCACAAAUUGCUUCGUAUUGGCAAUAAAAUUAAAUCAAAUGAAGAAAUAUCAUACUUGAAUUUACUUUUUUGUGAUUCUAUUUUUUUAUUUGUAUUCAAAUCUGUACAGUAUAGAUACAAUAGUGUAUAAAUCCGAAUUUAUUGUUAAAAUUUUAAAAGAAACA